GGAGCAGCCGUUGGCGGGUGCGCCCGGCGGGUUGGCCCAGGGGAGCCCCGCGCGGGCAGGCGGGCCGGGCCGGGCCGGGCCGGGCCGCGGAGGGGCAGGCGGCUUCCCCAGUGGGAGCCGACUGGGCGGGAACGCCAGACAGAGAAGGCUGUUGCUCAGAGGGGACUUCAGGAAGCAGUGGAAAAUGACUCAGCAGGGAGCUGUGCUUCAGGGUUACAAUAAUGAGCUAGUGAAAUGCAUCGAAGACUUAUGCAUGCAGAAAGAAGAGCUGAACAAACAAAUCCAGCAAGCAGAAGAGGAAAAGAGUAAACUUCAGUAUGAAAUCCAAGUCCUAAGCGAACAACUGGAGUGUGUCUGUGAAAACCUGGCCCAAAAGGUAGCUUCACGGAAGGAGCUUGAUAAAAUUCUUGCUGAAACUGAAGCUGCUUACAUGAAGAUUUUGGAUAGUUCUAAAACUUUGCUCAGUGUCCUGAAGAAGUGGGAAGCUUAAAGCAUGUGCCAGAACUGAAAACCAACAUAACAUCAAAUGGUCAAAUGUUUGGACUCUUCAGUGCUAAAAUUUCACUAGGUGAGAAUUGUGGUUAGCCACAGAACCUUACAACCACAGUAAAAGCAGAGAGGGGUUUUUUUCCAA